CGAACAACUGCAGCAAUUGCAGCGCCCCACCGCCGCCGGGCCAUCCCGUUGCCAGUGCCGACCGCCGCGGCCACCAGCAAAACGGUCGCGUACACGUACGAGGCGUUUUUCGUCAGCGACGGCCGAUCGAAACGCAAGUCUUCGGCGGCCGCUGCAGCCGCCGCGUCGGCGUCAUCUUCGUCGGCCUCCGCAAACUCGUCGGCGUCCGGAGACGAGUGCGCCGUCGGGGACAAGUCGUCCGGCGGCGCGGCGACCGCAAUCGGCGCCGACUUUAGCGCUACAUCGCCCGGCCGACCGUCCAAGUACACGUGCUCCGAGUGCGGAAAACGGUACGCCACGUCGUCGAACCUGUCUCGGCACAAGCAGACACACCGGAGCCUCGACUCGCAGUCAGCCAAGCGGUGCAACGUGUGCGGUAAACCGUACGUCAGCAUGCCCGCGCUCGCGAUGCACCAGCUGACACACAAGCUAACGCACGCGUGCGACGUGUGCGGAAAGAUGUUCAGCCGGCCGUGGCUUCUGCAAGGCCAUCUCCGGUCGCACACGGGCGAGAAACCGUACGGAUGCGCUCACUGCGGCAAAGCAUUUGCCGACCGCUCGAACCUGCGCGCGCACAUGCAGACCCACUCCGGCGACAAAAACUUUGCUUGCCCGCGGUGCUUUAAGUCGUUUGCUCUAAAGUCAUACCUGAACAAGCACCUGGAGUCGGCCUGCUUGCCCGUCGCCACCACAGCGGCCGCGCCCGCGUCUCCCUCGUCACUUACGUCGUCGUCGGUGUCGUCGUCAUCGUCGUCCUCGUCGUCGUCUUCGUCUUCAUCGUCGUCGUCGUCGUCGUCGUCGUCGUCGGCCACCGCCGCCGCACAGUCACCAUCGCACCAACAACAUCACCCGCCUACACACUUGCAUCAUCUCCAACAGCAGCAACACCAUCACCAUCACACGACUGCCGCCGAAAUCACCAAUCUUAACUUGUUGCGUCCAACGGUACUGCACACUGCCUAAACCGGCGCGCAUGCGUGUCGGGAAAUCCUGGUCAUUAUUGUAAUUUUUUUUUUUACCAUAUUAUUAUUAUUUUCAUAACAUUAUAAUAUUAUCAUAUUCUGGUCGUAAGUUAUAGUCAAUUUUUUCGGAAAUCUUUAAGCUCUAGUUCAUUUUAUUAUUAUUAAACGGUUAUGGGUGGGUAUAUUAUUUUUAUAGUAUUACAUUAUUUUCACAUUAUACAGACACUAGUCACGAGUUUCUAGUCAAUUUCUAUUCCGAAAAUAAUAUUUAUAUGUUUAUAUAAAUACCUAUAUAUAGGUAUAUUUUUUUUUAUCGCCACAAAAUUUCAACACAUAAAUAUUCUAUCGGUUUAAGUUUUUCUUUUCUUUUCUUUAUUCAUUCGCGAAAAGGGGCGUGCAAUAGCGUGUUUUGUUUUGUUUCGGCGUUACAAAGUCAAUUUUUAUUUGAAUUUAUUAUUAUUAUUAUUAAUACUAUUUUAUUUUUAAUCAUAUCAUGUUUUUUUUUUUUUCAUCAAGCGGACAUUAUAUUUGCAUGAAAUCUCACAUUAUUAUUAUAGCCUCUAAAUAGUCUUGAAGUUAAAUACAAAUGUGCGGUUGGUUCCUAACCUUGCCCAACCCUGUGUAUAGGAUAUAGUAAUAUUUGCCAGGGGUUGAUUAAUGCGUAUAUACAUAUUAUUAUUAUUAUUUAUAAGCAACGUGUAUUAUUUAAACACGUUGAAGCGUGCGGUUUUGUUCUUUUUAUACAUAUAUUAUAUUGUAUUAUAAUUUUAAUUCUUUUUAAUUUUAAUUGGAUGUAUACACGCGUAUAUGUCAGAGUGUGUGGUCUAGUCAUUUAGAUUAAGUAGAGCUACCGCGGGAGUGGUAUGAACUAUAAUAAAAUAUAUAAGAGAAUGCGAUCUCAAAAAAAAAAAAUUAAAAAAU